CACGUCACAGAACAACAGAUGUCAUUAGUUCGGAAAACCGUGUCAUGUCAUGUCACGCUGCAUGAAUGAAAAGUAAAAUAAAACGAAAGUGUAGAAAAGCACGGUGAAUGUAUCGUUCGAGUUUGUUUUCUGCGACUAAAUUAAAUGUGAUUCGCGUUGUCAGUGAACGAACGCGUAUUUAAAUGCUCUGAGACGGUCUCAUCCGUUUUUUAAAAUGUAUUUUUACAAACAGAAACUUUUAUCGGACGUCCAGCUGAAGAAGCUCGGCGAACACCAAUAUUCUUGCCAAAGUGUUAGUCUUUUAGAUAAAAUUUUACAGCCCUACUGGAGUUGGCUCGUGUUGAAAGUACCAAUUUGGCUGGCUCCUAAUUUAAUUACCGUUUUGGGACUAUUUGUAAACGUAUUUACAGCUUUAAUAUUAAUAUGGUACUCACCGGACGCCCGCUCCGAACCUCCUAGAUGGUCUUGUGCCUUGUGCGCUUUCGGUCUAUUCAUUUACCAAAGCUUGGACGCCAUCGAUGGAAAACAAGCGAGAAGGACCAAUUCCUCCAACCCUUUGGGCGAAUUGUUCGAUCACGGAUGCGAUUCGAUUUCCACAGUAUUUGUCGCACUCUCCGCCUGCAUAGCUGUGCAGCUCGGUCAUUAUCCUGGAUGGAUGUUCUUUCAAUGUUUCUGUGCGGCGACUUUGUUUUAUUGCGCCCAUUGGCAAACCUAUGUGUCUGGGACACUGCGAUUUGGUCGUGUGGAUGUGACAGAAGCCCAGUUUACGAUAAUAGGGAUUUUAUUGAUAUCGGCCACAUUCGGCUCCAGUUUUUGGUCUUCAAAGCUUUUUAGUGAUUCUUUUGAAUUGUGGUACGCGAUACCGUUAAGCACUCUAAUCUGCGGAAUAAUGGCCUUAUACAGCAAUUUAAUAGUCAUAUUUACCGGCGGCGUUGGCAAGAAUGGAUCCACUGUCGCUGUGUCUUUUGCCGGAUUAGACAUUUAUCUGGCCCAAGUGAUAUGUUCCGUGUUCUAUUUGGGCUAUUUGCAAGUUUUCUUAGCGUUUCUUGAAAGGUUAAAAAUAGGAGGCAUUGGCAAAAAUGGAUCGACGAUCGCUUUGCCCGGCAUCGAGACCGAUAUGAGGCUGAUACCGCUGACGGCGGCCAGCGGGGCGGCCGUGUGGCUGGCCCAGGUCAACGUGUCGAUCAUAUUUACGGGAGGAGCGGGCAAAAACGGAUCCACUGUGGCCGGUACGAGCGUCAUAUCGCCUAUAAUACCGUUCUCCAUGGUUUUAAUACCAGCCUUUAUAAUCUAUAAGAAAUCCACGCAAGAAAUUUACGAGAACCAUCCGGCCCUUUACAUAUUGGCAUUCGGUUUGGUCGCUGCCAAAGUCACCAACAGACUAGUGGUGGCUCACAUGACCAAAAGCGAAAUGGACUACAUGGAUUGGUCUUUGCUCGGACCUACAAUGUUAUUUUUAAAUCAGUAUUUCAACACGUACAUCAACGAAUACUACGUUCUGUGGUUGUGCUUGAUAUGGGUGACCGUGGACCUGUUGAGGUACUGCUCGCAAAUUUGCCAAGAGAUCUGCGAUCACCUGCACCUCGAGCUGUUCAGAAUACCGUACCCGGGCGGGCCGUUGAGGGCGUACGUGCCGCCGUCGAACGCCGCCUCCGCCUCCCACGAGAAAAACGGUACGAAUAACAAAGUCACUACUAGAUUACAAAAGUCGCGCGCCAAAAGACACAGUUACAAGAAAUUCGCCUCCGACGAAGAGGACCAAGUGCCUUUAUUGGAAGCCGGCGAAUCCGUUUAAUUUUCGAUAUUUUAAGUAUUAACCGGUAAGAUACAGCGAAUUCUAAUCAGAUGACGAGCAAACUUAAUUAUUGUGAUAUAUUUUUCGAAUGAGGUCGAAUGUUUUUUUCGAUGGAACGAGUGGUGUUAUUCGACCAAUAUUAGCCUUAAUAUUUAAAAAUAAUGUACUAUUGCCGGCAAUGUAAUUCACUAGUUUUUGUUGGUUCGCAAAUUGGAACAAAUUGUGCAAAAAAUAGAGAUCAUCUUGCAGUCUGUAGUACAUACAUACACAAUACAUGCCUAAUUUAGUAUAAGAAAACACUAGUUAUCUAAGGAAAGUCAUUAACCAGUAUUUAACUAUUUUUAAUAAACAUAUUAUGUACCCAGUACUGAAACGAACAGGUUCUUGCUUCACAAAUUAUACUAUCGAAUGAAAUAUAUUUCAAAG